AUUUACAGUCAGGCAACAGUCUAGGCUACAGGGGUCCUGAAUUCCACACGCGUGUGUGCGCUCAGCUGCAAGCAUGGCAGAUCUUCAGAUGAGGCUUCUUCGGCAGAAAAUCCAGAAAAGAAGCGAAAAGAACAAAGAGCGAAAGCUACUUAAUAAACAGAAACAAGAGGAAGAUAAUGGUGACGCAAACAGACUUCCAGAGGAGCGUUGUGAUGAAACGAGUCACGGGGCCACAGCAAUUUCAAAGCCACAGAAUGCCAAACCCACAAAGAAGCCACAAAUACAGAAGAAUGUGUCUGCAGAGGUGAACACAGAAGAAAAAUCUGUCAAGAUGAAAAGGAAGCUCAAAACUGCUGAAUCGCCAGGUGUGAAAAAAGCCAAGAAGGAUGAGGCAGAUGAUGAGGAGGAUAUGGAGGAGGAGAGGGGGUUGACUGUGACUGAGGAGGAUGCUGAUCAGGGCACAGACAAACCCACACAGCCUCUUGAAGGGGCAGAGGCUGGAGAGGAGGAGGAAGAUGAUGAUGAUGACGACGAGGAGGAUGAAGAGGGAAGUGAAGAUGAGGCGGAAAAGGGGGAAGGAGAGAAGUUUGGGGAUGAUGAUGAGGAAGAUGGACCUGAGCUCCCAACUGGCUUGACAGGUGCGUUUGAGGACACAUCGUUUGCCUCUUUAACCUCUCUGGUGAGCGAGAACACUCUAAAGGGUGUGAAGGAGAUGGGCUUUGACCACAUGACCGAGAUCCAACACAAAAGCAUCCGCCCCCUACUGGAGGGAAGGGAUAUCCUGGCUGCUGCUAAGACCGGCAGUGGUAAAACCCUGGCCUUCCUCAUCCCCUCCAUCGAGCUCAUCUACAAACUCAAGUUCAUGCCCAGGAACGGCACGGGCGUGGUGAUCCUGUCCCCAACGCGCGAGUUGGCCAUGCAGACGUAUGGUGUGAUGAAAGAGCUGAUGACCCACCACGUGCACACCUUUGGCCUGAUUAUGGGCGGCAGCAACCGCACGGCCGAGGCCCAAAGGUUGGCCAACGGUGUCAACAUCCUGGUGGCCACACCCGGCAGACUGCUGGACCACCUGCAGAAUACUGCUGGCUUCAUGUAUAAGAACCUCCAGUGUCUGAUCAUUGACGAAGCCGACCGUAUCCUGGAGGUCGGCUUCGAAGAGGAACUGAAGCAGAUCAUCAAACUCCUGCCAAAGCGGAGGCAGACCAUGCUGUUCUCGGCCACCCAGACCCGUAAGGUGGAGGACCUGGCCCGUAUCUCCCUGAAGAAGGAGCCCCUCUACGUGGGCGUGGACGACAACAAGGACAACGCCACCGUGGAUGGCCUUGAACAGGGCUAUGUGGUGUGUCCGUCUGAGAAGCGCUUCAUGCUACUCUUCACCUUCUUGAAGAAGAACCGUAAGAAGAAGCUGAUGGUGUUCUUCUCCUCCUGCAUGUCGGUCAAGUUCCACUACGAGCUGCUCAACUACAUUGACCUGCCCGUCAUGGCCAUCCACGGGAAGCAAAAGCAGACGAAGCGUACCACCACCUUCUUUCAGUUCUGUAACGCUGACUCUGGCAUCCUGUUGUGUACCGACGUGGCGGCCAGAGGCCUGGACAUCCCCGAGGUGGACUGGAUCGUACAGUAUGACCCCCCAGAUGACCCCAAGGAAUACAUCCACAGGGUCGGCAGAACAGCUCGUGGGAUCAACGGCAUAGGCCACGCCCUCCUGAUCCUACGGCCAGAGGAGUUGGGCUUCCUGCGCUUCCUCAAACAGGCCAAGGUUCCUUUGAGUGAGUUUGAAUUCUCUUGGGCGAAGAUCUCCGAUAUCCAGGGUCAGCUGGGGAAAUUGAUUGAGAAGAACUACUACCUGCACAAGUCAGCCCAGGAGGCCUACAAGUCCUACGUGCGGGCGUACGACUCUCAUUCACUCAAAGCGAUCUACAGCGUCAACACGCUCAACCUCCCCAUGGUGGCGCUCUCCUUUGGCUUCAAAGUGCCCCCCUACGUCGACCUCAACGUCCACAGCAAAGGAGGACUGAAGAUGACGAAGAGGGGUGGGGGCGGCGGCUUCGGCUACCAGAAGGGCAAGGGUGCUCACAAAGCCAAGAUCUUCAAGCACGUCAACAAAGGCAAGGGGGACAAGAGGCAAUUCUCUCGCUAGCCUGCGGUCCUUGGGGGAUAUUACAAAAUGGCUUCCUGACCUGGACUCACUUUCUGUCCAGAGACCAAUCUAUUAGCCUGUUACUGGGCAUCGUGUCUCGCUCCCUAUUUGUGUGUGAAAGACCAGUCUGUUGGGUCUCCACUAGUUACCACAGCCACAAAGUCAUUAACCUCGCUUAUUUAUUUUCUUAACAUCUGAUUUUAAAUCUAACCUUAACCACACUGCUAACCUUAUGCCUAACCUUUAAAUUAAGACUAAUAGCAAAUGUUUGUAUUCAUUCAUUUUUACAACAUAGCCAAUUUGACUUUGUUGCUGUGGUAACUAGUCUCUUUUAUGGGGGCUCAAUUGUUUUGCUCCAAUGUCUCAGCCUGUCUUUCUCUGAACAGGUAUUUUGUAGUGACAGGACUCUGUGGGCUCAUACCGUUCUGAGGACAGCCCUUGCAUUCCUUUCCUCACAGCAGAUGUGGAUUUUUACUGUAGAUUCUCUUUGAUAUGAGUAUGCAGCACUGUACAUUGAUUUGCAUUGUUUUCCUCCUCUACUGGCCGAUUUAAAAAUAAAAAAUAUACACCCACA